AUGUCAAUAGGACCCGACUCCCAGUCCAGCUCUCAGCAUCUGUCAUCAUCCGUCUCCUCCCUCAACCAACCGUCAAAACGGAGUUCAUCCGAAAUAUCCAAAAUAUAUAAGCAUGCUUCGCAGCUAUUUCUUACCCGCCGGCUACUAGAGGCCUACGAGGCACUAAAACCCAUAGUUAAUCCUCCAGACACAGAAAGACCUGGAGACAGUCCAGCUCAAGCCCCGAUUGCGACCGCGUCCACAAGUCAACGUAUAAAACUAUGGAGCUUAUAUGUCACCCUUCUCAACUCUAUAGUCAGCCUCAGUCCAGAGGAAGGCAGGGAGGUUUUCGGCCAAGCUGAAUACCGGUCCAUGGUCAGGAAGGUUCAGAGUGGUUCUAUCUGGGAUCAAGUCGUCAAAGAUGGAUACCAAGGUCGCGAGGACUCAGUCGAUGCUGAAGUCGUCUACAACUUGUCCACCUUGCUCCUUGGUCAGGCACCGGACCAAAAGUUCAACCAAGCGCGCCUCGAAUCCUACUUGUCCUCCUCGCACUCCGACGUGGACUUAUCUACACAGCUCAAUAACGCUCUCAGCAAUGGCCGUCGGCCAGGUAUGAAUGGAACAAACACACCGAAAGAUCUGUCGUCCCGUAUCAAGAUCCUCGAAUUAUUCACACUCCACGUUCUCCCGCGAAAUGAGGAAUGGGACUACGCAAAAAGCUUCAUUGCCAAUAGUGACAUUCUUGAUGAGGAAAGGAGAGAAGCUUUUCUACAGACACUGCAAGAGCUACAGGAAGCCAGUGAAGAGCACGAAACCUUUCAGGAAGCCGAGGAAGAAGUCUUUGAAGAAACGGAGCCAGAAUCGCCGGUCCUGUCACCACCUGUGAAGGAUGAAGCCAUCGGGAGAAGACAGCCUCAACCACAGAAUACCAUCAGACACCAACGGACCAGUAGUGAAGUGGACUAUGGCAUUGAAGAAGAACGCCCAAACAGCAUUCGAGCUGCAUUAGGACCCGAAUCCCCACCAGUAGUCUCUACAACUUUGCCAAAAGAUCCGCCCAUGACGAAGAUUCCCCCCAAACCAGAACCAACUGCUCCAGCAGCAACAGCGAAAGCUCAAUCCCCACCUGCGUCUGCACCUAUUCAGUCCGCAAACAGGUCACAUCUUUCUCCUCCAGCUCAAACACCUCGUCGACCUACGCGCAAGCCGAAACCCACGAAUCAAAACGCACUCUUUGCGCAGGCCCGACAGUUGUUCGCAGCAUUGUCAAACCUGGCACGCAACAUGGCCGGCACUUUGUCGAAGAAUCCCACCUCAUUCCUCCGAUUCCUACUCUUCCUCCUUGCAUUCUUCAUGGCCUUCAGCCAAAAGCAAGUGAGGGAUCGAGCUCGACGUAUAGUUGGUCAGAGUUGGGACAAGGUCCGGGCCACGAUUGGUAUGGGCACUAAAGUCAGCUAUAUCUGA